CCUUUGCAGCUGCUCAGUCCUUGCAGGAUCUGAAGCCAGGAGUCCCCACAGGGCAAACAAAACCCGUAGCUGAGCAUUGGCUUUUGUUAUCCACCCAAGUACGGGAGAGAGAGAGAGAGAGAGAGAGAGAGACCCGCCUCUCUCGGGGCAGGCCGAGGAAUCCAAACCCCACCCCUGCCUUCCCCGCCUCGUUCCGUCCGGCACUUUUGCCUGAGCCUGGGUGUCGAGACGGAGCCGGGGAUCCGCGCUAUCCGUGCGCCCCCUCGACGGGACGGCCGCCCACACUAUUCGGUUUCUUUCCGGACGCCCGACUGUGGGCUGAGCGGGGCCGGCGCUGGACGCCGAGCCGGCUCGAUUUGGCCGAGAGAACUCCGGAAAGAGGCACUGGACGGGACGGGCAAGCUGAAUGCGGCGGAGUUCCUCCUGGGGAAAGAGGCAGGGCUUUACCGGCACGAUCCAGCCGGGUCCGUGGGCUGGAAGGGGCCACCCUAGGGAGGAAAUAAACAGUAGGGAGCACCCCCCCCUUUCUGUCUAGAAGAGGGUAGACGCGGAAGUUUACAAUCUGGGGUGGAAGCAAUACAGAAACUCCAACCCCCUGCUCUUUAUUUAGACCGGGGGGUGGGGGGUGUCCUGCUUCCCCGACGGGAGGGGCCAUUUGCAAGCUGGAGCACUAGCCCGAGCUUCCUUUCCUGCUCCCUCCCCAGCAUCCCUCCUACAUGCUCUCUGCCCCGCUGGAAGUGCUUGGCAGUUGUGUGGAAGGCAAUGUUGAUGACCUAGAUGCGGGUGUCCUGGACCAGCAAGGCCCAGACGACCCCCAUGGAGCCACUAAAAAGUAUGUUCCGGAAGGCCCCGUUGGUGGCCUGGGGGGGAGGCUCACGCAGUGGGGAAACCACUGCUUAUGCCAACCCCGUCUGGACGGUGUUGUUCGACUACGAGGCCGCCAGCAGCGACGAACUGACCCUGCGCAAAGGCGAUUUGGUGGAGGUCCUUUCGUGGGAUGCCGCCAUUUCUGGUGACGAAGGCUGGUGGGCCGGCAGAGUGAACAACCAAGUGGGCAUCUUUCCUUCCAAUUAUGUCUCACCCAAAACGGGGGGCUACUCUGGGCCUGAGGACCCACCCAAAGCCGAUUUCCGUGAUCUGAGGCUGGAGGAAGUGAUUGGCGUUGGCGGUUUUGGCAAGGUCUACCGUGGCAGCUGGCGUGGAAAGUUGGUGGCAGUCAAGGCUGCCCGGCAGGACCCGGAUGAGGACAUCAGUACCACGGCCGAGCGGGUGCAGCAGGAGGCCCGGCUCUUUGCUAUGUUGCGACACCCCAACAUCAUCGCCCUCAAGGCCGUCUGCCUGCAGGAGCCCAACUUGUGCCUGGUCAUGGAAUACGCUGCAGGAGGUCCUCUCAGCAGGAUGCUGGCCGGCCAGAGGAUACCGCCACACAUCCUCAUCAACUGGGCUGUGCAAAUUGCCCAGGGGAUGCAGUAUCUGCACUGUGAAGCCAUUGUGCCUGUUAUCCACCGCGACCUGAAGUCCAACAAUAUCUUGCUGGCUGAAUGUGUGGACGAUGGAGAUGUGAGCGGGAAGACGUUGAAGAUUACCGAUUUUGGGCUGGCCCGUGAAUGGCACAAGACCACCAAGAUGAGCACGGCGGGUACCUAUGCCUGGAUGGCACCUGAAGUGAUCAAAAGCUCCACUUUCUCCCGAGGCAGCGACAUCUGGAGUUACGGGGUCCUUCUUUGGGAGCUUCUCACAGGAGAAGUCCCGUAUCGGGGCAUAGAUGGGCUUGCUGUGGCCUAUGGUGUUGCCGUUAACAAGCUGACACUACCCAUUCCAUCCACUUGCCCGGAACCCUUCGCACGCCUCAUGGCAGAGUGCUGGGAACAGGACCCUCAUCGGCGCCCCAGCUUUUCAUGCAUCCUGUCCCAGCUCACGGUUCUGGAGGCUCAAGUUCUCCACGAUUUGCCUCAGGAGUCCUUCCACUCUAUGCAGGAUGACUGGAAAGUGGAGAUCCAGAACAUGUUUGACGAACUGCGUGCCAGAGAAAAGGAGCUUCUGAGCCGGGAGGAGGAGCUGAAGCAAGCCGCUCUGAAACAGAAGUCUCAGGAGGAAUUUCUGCGCCAGCGAGAGCACGAGCUAGCCCAGUGGGAGCUGGAGGUUUUUGAGCGCGAACUGAGCCUCCUCAUCCAGCAAAUGAACCGGGAACGGCCUCACGUGAAGAAGCGGAAGGGGACCUUCAAGAGGAACAAGCUGAAAGGGAGGGAUAGCGAGCGCAUCAGCAUGCCCCUCGAUUUUAAGCACUGCAUCACAGUGCAAGCUUCUCCUGGUUUGGACAAGAGGAAGGACUUCUUUGAGGUGGGGGCUGGUGGCUCCCCCACUUUCCCUCGAUUCCGAGCUAUCCAAUUGGGCCCAAGUGAAAACGAUCAGAAUUGGGGGCGUCAGUCACCCCGUCGAGUGGAGGAGGCCUGGAAUGGCCGCACUAAGAGUCCCAAUUCCCCCAAGCCGUGGGAGAGCACGACACAGAAUGGAAGGAGGAGGUCACGGCUGGAAGAAACUACCUGGUAUAUGGAGCCUGAAGCACCAAAUCCUCCCACACAGAUUCAGACCCAGCUCAGUCAGAAUGGUAACAUCUCAGGCGAUUCUGCCGACGCAGAGGACCUGGCACCAGAACGGCCCAGCCCAACCAGGCUCAUCCAGCGGGCCCUUCUCCGGGGCACAGCCUUGCUGGCUUCCCUUGGCUUGGGUCGAGAAUUGCCAUCCGCCCCUCAGGAACUCUCACCAACGCCCCCUCGAAGAGAGCGUCCCCCUGCCCUGAUGGUAGAGUUGUGUAAAGAGGACCCCCCCACUGAUCUCCUCGUCGACCUUGCCUCGGAGGGUAACAGGGAUGCUCUGCCUCCUCUCUGGAACCAGACGUCGCCCAAGAUCCCAAGACUAGCAGAAGGUCGAAGCAACAAAACCCAAAAAUGGGAUGGAGCUCUUCCGUCUCCCCGCAGCCCCCGGUCACCCCGCCCUGCCUCUCACUCCAGCCUUAUCUCCCGACCCCGGCCUUCUCCCGUCCGCAGUCGUAUCGAUCCCUGGAGCUUCGUGUCUUCUGGACCGCGUGCUUCACCUAUUCAGUCUCCACAACUAGGGGCACGCCCGUUCAAGCCACUGAAUUCCGAAGGCACUAAUCCGUUUGCGGGGGGUGACCCCGAUCCAUUUGCCUGCGGGGACUUCUCAACCCCGAGGGAGCCUUCCGUGCCUCCGCCCUCUGACCCCUUUACUGUUGCAUCCAGGUUACCUGCUCCAGGGCAGCAUAACCCCACCCUGUCGCCAGGCUGGACUGCCAGCCCCUUUCUGCCCAAAGAAGAACUCCCAGCCCCGCCCUGGUGGUCAGCAACUGCAAAGCCUCAAGGAAGAUCAGCCCCAAAAUGAACAGGAGCAAACGAGGGAAGUCCUGCCUUCCAGACGCACCUUUUGUUCAGGAAGUUGGUGCCUUUGAUGGAACCACACGCUCAACUGUGAUUGGACAUGAGGCUGCAUGUGUGAGACCAGAGCAUAGACUACUUCAGAACAGAGGACGUUGAUAUUCCUAGAUUGUGGGGGACGGGGGAGUCUUCCAGAGAGGGCUUCCUCCUACCCUCCUCUCCCCUUCCCCUUCAUACACUGAGCUCCUUCAGCCAAUUAUUUUAAGGAUGGGAAGCCACUUAACAGCAGACACAAGUGCCCUAUUCAUCAGAGAGCUAAGAAAGUGGGGAGGGUGAGAGCUGAGAAAGCAGGGAGGGCGAGUGUGUUUGCACAUACUGUGAGCAAUGGGAGGGAAAGGCAAUAUGUAGAGUCAUUUUUCACGCUCCUCUGUAUAACGAACACUAACCAGUCCUAUCUAUGGGAAGUGAUAUGUGCAUGCCAACCGUGCGUGCCAACUCUGGAUCUUACCAGGGUCUCUUUCCUCCCUAGGCCAGUGAAAUCAGCCAGACUUUCUAACUGGCAGCUAUCUUUCUUCCUCGUCUCUUCGCCAUGCACCAGUUGGCUCCCUUCUGCUGCAGCAGCGGCGACUGUGCCCAGUGGAGGUGGAAUGUGCAUAUGGGUAUGUCCAGUGUGUGUGUGGCCGCUCCCCCCCACACACUAUAAAAUCCCCUCCUUUUCAUCAGUCGUCCUCUCCAAGCUCAGCAAAGCCAGUAGUGCAGAAUCUCCUGUAGGCACUGGAGGAGAAAAGAGUGGCAGGGCAGCCUUUGUGCCACUCACGCACAAGAGCAAGCACAUGCCCAGAUGUGCGAGCAUGAGAGGAGGCGAGUUGGAAACGGGAAUGUGUAGGGGAGGUAUAUGGCACAUGUGCAAACACUGUCAUGCCCGGGAUUCUGCAGCAACUGGAGCUCAUCCAGCUGGAAAUCAUUGGCACUUGGAAUGUGCAAUUCUACUGUGUCCCCCUUCCUUCCCCCCCCUUUUAAUUUGUGCCUGUGCCAAGCUCCCUCGUGCCCUUCCCACUCCAGUUGCAUAAGGGAGCGACCUGUGUUAAGCCCAGCCCAGAAAGGGCCAAGUCUGUGAAACGAGACCAAAUAAACCUCCGGUUGCUA